AUGCUGAGGUAGGCUUGCCCGUUGCUAGCCUGUUAGCCACUUUAGCCGUGUCCUGUAAUCCUGGCACAAACAGUCGUUUCUUUUCACGUUUCCGAACAAAACCAUCCGAGGGAGAUAUGCUAGACGCCAUGGAGGGGACACAGCGCAUGUGGUCGUCUUUUGUAUCCCCUCCUGUCGUCAGCUUUUGGGUAGAUGUCAAUGUCAUAAUUUGUAGCUAGGGCUGUCCAGUUAGCUCAGCUAGCUUGUGUCUGGUAAACGCAGGGCCAAGGCCAAGGCCAAGCGAGAAAAGGGAGGCCGUCGGGCAUUUGCUGUGUAGGUGGACAGAGGAGGAGAGGAGUAGGGUGUUGGGUUUUGGAUUUUGGAUUCUUCUGAAGUAGCCUCCACUAUCAUCUUCGUCACCGUCACCCUCAGCUGAGCCAUGUCUUCGUCAGGGUGCUGCCACCUUCCUGGCUCCCUUUGUGAUUACUCUGGGAACGCCGAAUCUGAUGCCUCCAAAGAUUCGGAGGAAUCUGAUUCUACCACGCAGGCUCAGUAUAUUGCCAAGGUUACGGCUAAAGAUGGCCGCCCACUCUCCACUGUUGUCAAAGCGGUGAGCUUGCAGAGUGAUGUUGGGAUGUGUCGGAUUUGUCAUGAGGGAGCUGGAGGAGAGACACUGCUCUCACCCUGCGACUGCACUGGGACGCUGGGUAAAGUGCACAAGAGCUGCUUGGAGAAGUGGCUGUCGUCCUCCAACACCAGCUACUGUGAACUCUGUCACACAGAAUUCACUAUUGAACGACGACCACAACCACUCACACAGUGGCUGAAGGAUCCCGGCCCUCGCAGUGAGAAGCGCACGCUGCUGUGCGACAUGGCGUGCUUCCUUCUCAUCACGCCUCUGGCAGCCAUCUCUGGCUGGCUGUGUCUGAGGGGAGCCCAGGACCACCUGCAACUGAAGAGCAGACUGGAGGCUGUCGGCCUCAUCGCCCUCACCAUCGCCCUCUUCACCAUCUACAUCCUCUGGACACUGGUGUCAUUUCGGUAUCACUGUCAGUUGUACUCGGAGUGGAGGAGGACCAAUCAGAAAGUGCGCCUGCUCAUGCCUGACAUGAAAGGGGCGCACACCACCCAGCGUUCUGUGCCGACCAAGUCGACCAAGAAAAUGACUGAUGAGACCAUCGUAUGAGUGCAGAGUGGUGGCAGGAGGAAUAUUUAAAAUAACGCCCACUGAAGCACUCUCUAAAAAAACAAAAUUAAUCAUAUUAAUAAACUUUUGCACUUCAUAAGGACCAUUCUGAGAGGGGAGAGCUACUUUCCCCUCCUGUUUUCUUUUAUUGAAGCACUUGAUGUAAACUACUACGGUAUUGGCCGACCACAGAAGUGGUUUUGGGAAGAACUCAUUCCGGAGUCUUAGUCGAUGUUGAAACACAGUUGUCAAUGGACAGCCAGUGCUGGGAUGUGAACGACUGAACACAUGGAUGAUGGACUGACCAGCCUGACUGUUUGUCCGCGACACAAACUUAUGAAAUACUAAGACACAUGCUAAUGUAGCAGGAUAUAACUGAUUCAGCAUGCUACUACAGUAUAAUAUGAAACAUAUUCACUACCUAUAAUUCCCCCAUGCCCCUUCACAAUGUAUUUAGCUGUUUUUGAACAAUGGGCAGCCAAUAGCCCAGCCAAGGAUGAUAACCCUAAAACAUGAUUGACAAAGUCUACCUGUGAAUAUUGUUUCUCGACAAGUAGAGGGCGACACUCGCUCAUACCAAUGUCUACAAUCUGAAGCCCUUUGAAGUUUCCUGGUAAAGCUUUAUCAUGGCUGUAUGAAUGGUGAAAAUCAAAUCAUUUUCCUGUUUAGACAACAGCUAAGGCAUCACAUAUUUAUCACACUUGUCACAGGGUCAGUGAAGAUUGUAGUAUGAGGGAUAACACUAACAGCAGCCGUUAAACGGCAUUGCAGUAAUGUAUGAGGAAAAAGUAUUGAAGGUUUGGAGAAGUGUUUACAUUCUAAUUGGAUAAUGUCUCUACUGUCAUAAAAGUGCAUAAGCAAACGGCACUGCUCCACUUGUAAAUGCACCAUUCAUUAAUUGAGCCGCCUAGCAAUGACCAGUAGUUCUGUCCUACAUCACAAGAGAUGCAGAUUUAAAUAGAAGAGAUACAGUGUUCAAAAUAGUGAGACUACAUAUAAAACACAGAGGUGUACCAGAGCAGGCUGGUACGCAGUAAAGAUGCAAAAGAGCAAUGUGUUUUGAGAUGUCAAUCAAUGUAUGCAGCACAUGCUAUACAAAGUAUUUUGUGUUAUUGUAGUCUUCCUGCUGCAUCUCCCGGAAAGUUGGGUUAUUGUGCAAUAAAACACGAGGGACUCCUGGACUAAA